AUGCUCAACCGACUGAGCCUACUGACGCGACACUUCUCACGCCCAUUCAGUCCUUAUCGUCCCACCAGCCCCUCCUUCUUGACCUCGUCCCUGGUCCCUCGCUCAGGUCCGUCCGCGAUGACAUCAGCCGCGCACCCGAAGCCCAUCCACACGGCAGCAUGCCUCAUUAUUGGCGAUGAAGUUCUCGGCGGAAAGACCAUCGACACCAACUCGCCGUACCUAGCCAAGUUCUGCUUCUCGCUCGGCAUCGAAUUGAAGCGAGUCGAGGUUAUCCCCGACGAUGAAGAGGAUAUAAUAGAAGCUGUACAACGCAUGAGCUCCCGCUAUGACUUCGUCGUCACCAGCGGCGGCAUUGGGCCCACACACGAUGAUAUCACAUACUCCGCAAUCGCCAAGGCAUUCAACCUGAAGCUGGAAUUGCACAAGCCGGCCUUCGAGCGCAUGAAGCGCCUCUCCAAGCCUCACCCCAUGCAACCCAACUUCGACUGGGAGACACCCUCGCCAGGCCUGACCGCCAAGCUGCGCAUGGUCGAGCUGCCCUUCGACCCGAAGCUCUCCGCCGAGUCACAGGCCGUGUUCGUCGCUGACGACCUGUGGGUGCCGAUCGCCGUGGUGAACGGCAACGUGCACAUCCUGCCCGGCGUGCCGCGGCUCUUCGAGCGUCUGCUCAUGAGCUUGAAACCCUCUCUGAUCCCCCGUUUGACCGACCCGGAGGGUAAGGGGACGCACCGCUUGAUGUUCAGCACGCCGUUGCCCGAGAGUGCGGUGGCAUCGUACCUGACCGAGCUGGCGGCUAAGGUGGAGCCUCGGGGGAUCAAGGUUGGCAGCUAUCCGCGUUGGGGUAAAAAGCGCAAUACUGUUACUUUGGUCGGGGCGGACAAGGCUUACAUGGAGUCGUUGGCUAGUGAGGUUGAGGAGAAUGUUCAGGGUAAGCUGGUUGCUAAGGAGGAUGAGUUGGAUCCUCCGUCCGACUCGGAGCAUGUUUAUAGCCAGUAG